ACGAUUUUUUUUACUAAAAACAAAAUGUGCGUAACUAUUCCAAAGCAUAAAGCAAAAAACCCUUCAGAAUAUGCUUUACUCUGUUUAUACAGAAAGUUUAUCCCUUCCUCUUUUUUCUCACAUCUUUUUCUUCUGUUCCUUCCUUCUAAUCAUUUCCUUCCUAAAUUCUCCCUCCACCUUUUAACUCUUCCUUCUCACUUUAGAUUUAGAUUUUGAUCUCAUUUCACUAACAAAAAUAAAUAAAAGAAAUUCCAAAGUGUUAUGGAGCUUAAAACCUUUAUGGAUCUUUACCUCACUGCAAUUAUAACACUUCUUGUUUCUUACAUCGUUGCAAAACUUGUUUCCUUAGCAACCACCGACACUCAAACAACUACCAAACAUCAUGUCCACCACCAACCAGUCGGUCCGGUUCUUCAACAAUUCACGGUUCAAACAUCUCAAACUGAAAGCCGAGUCGGUUUUAUUAAACCGGUUCAAGUGUCAACAGCAACAAAUAUAGAAACAGAACAUAACACAACUGAUGCUACGGUUGUUUCCAGUUCCAACGUCGCCGCCGAGUCGCCACCGACAAACUCAGACGUAGCUGUAGCAGAUGCUGAGGUUGAAUACGGUUCCAAUUUUGUUGAGGAAACUGUUACAAAAGGUGAUGAUUCUGUGCAACAGAGGAACGAGGAGUGUGUGGAAGAAAUCAUGGAAGAAAGCUUAACGGAGAAGGAAGAUGAGGAGAAGAGUGAUGAAGAAUGGGAAUGGGAAGGGAUAGAGAGAAGUGAGGUGGAGAAGAUGUUUAUGACGGCUACAGAAUAUGUUGGUGAGAAAGGGUAUAUUGGUAAUUGUGAUGGUGAUUUGGAGAUGGAGUUGUAUGGACUUCAUAAGGUUGCUAUGGAAGGACCUUGUUGUGAAUCUCAACCAAUGCCGCUUAAACUCGCCGCACGUGCGAAAUGGAAUGCUUGGCAAAAGCUGGGGAACAUGAGUCCAGAGGUUGCUAUGGAGCGAUAUAUCAGCCUUCUUUCAGAUAAAGUUCCGGGAUGGAUGAAAGAUACUUCUGCUGGAAUGACUGAAGCUGAACCCAUAGGAUCGGAAGUUUCUGAGUCUGCUGCUCCUGAUUUGAGCUCAGCUUUGUCUCGUCAACCAAUUAUCUUAACUGAAAGGGAACUUGUUCAAGAGUCUAGUGCCCAGGAGCCUAUCCCACAUACAGAGUCAGAUUUGGAGAACAAUGUUAAGAAAUGAUGGUAUCUCUCUGCUUAUACUUUGCGCCACCGGACAGUUUCCUACAUUCUUUUCAGCAAAAAGAAGACUUGAGUCCAAGAAUAUAAGUUCUUUUCUUAUCGAAGAAUAUAAAUUCUUGGGCUGUUUGUUUUCUCCUUUGUUCCUUAAAUCAAGUGUUGAUUGUGAUGUGUUCUUCAAUAUAAACCGUUAAAUGUUAAUAGAUAUUUGAUGUAGAUAAAUAAAUGCGUGUAAAUAUGAUCUAAUGUGCAGUCCAAGGUUAAUAAUUCCUGUUUGUUAAAACUGAUUUACUAUUCUUAUGUCACUCCUGUGGCCAUUUUAAAUGUUAUCGCAAUGUCCCAAUUUGAUCAAUGAGUUCAA